UAGCUAGCUACUGUACAGUGAUGACGUUCUUCAAGAUGUAAUCCUUAUUUCAAAGUAGCCUUCUAUUCUUGCUGUCCAGAAACUUCACUUUUUGCAGGUUUUGAAUAAUGCCUGCUUGUCCAGCCUUUGAGAGCACAGAGAAACCAUGGGAUGUGUGUGCUCUUGACAAGCUUAACUGCUAUCCAGAUGCCUUUUGUGGGGGUUUGUAUGUUUCUGAAACACACGUAAUGCUUGUGUGACAUCAAGAUGCUUUUGUUAUCUUGCAGAGGAAAAGUGGCUGUUCUGUUAAAAUUUCAAUUAUGGAUUAAUGACCACAAUUGUUUCUGCAUAGUUUGCAAGUCCAGUGGAGAAAAAUGAGUUACAUGUAGUUAAUGAAAUGAAGGACUUCUGGUGCUGAAUUGAUCUCCUAAGCUUUGGCAGAGAGUAAAUUAACUCAGAUCUAACAUAGGAGGCUGGCGUUCACUAGAUCCUUCUUUCUUGUCACUAGCAGUUUUCAGUAGUAUUUAAAUUCAAAGACGUUCAAAUAAAACACCUAUUCUACUCCCAUUGUAUAGCAGUGAUGUUAGAAAGAAGCAGCAGUUGAAAGAAUGUAAGUUGCAGUGUCUUUUAAAAUCUUUCUGGCAUACAUCUGGGAAACAUUAAUCAUUCAUAUGCUCAUGAAUCAAGUAAAGCAUCUUGAGAUGGCAGCAGCCAGUUCUGAAUUGGCUCUGUCAGUUUCAAGCAAGUCAUUGAGAACAGGAUUUUUAACCAGUGUGGCCAUCCUUCCAGAUUGCUGAUGGCCAUCUCUUUUCUCUGUUAGCAGGCCAGCAGGGAAAAAGAGAAGUGAACAUUGUUCAUGUAAUUGCAAAACUGCAUGGUCAGCAUGCUAGUAUAUGCUUGGGGGGGGGGGGGGGGGGGAGGCUCAAUUAAUUAGUGUGCUUAUCUUCUGCUGUUCCAGUUGGGCUUGUGAACCUGUCUACAAAGCUCAUCAGGGUAAGCUUGGGUUUCCCUCCCUGCUCUGUCUGUAGUGACUAACAUGGCUGUCUCUCUAGGUGUUCUCACAAGUGAGUAACAGUGGAACAAUUGAGUAGUUUGCAGGUGUGUCAGGUUGGUAAGUAAGGAACGAGUGAGACUGUGACAGGAUCACUCAAUGAACGAAGCUGAAACCAGGGUGAUGAUUACCAAGACUGACAGAAAAUAGGGCAAAGAAAAUAAAUUUAAUUCACUGGUGUUAUAUAACCAUCUUAGUGCAGCCUCUAGUUUCAUUAGUUUGAGAACAUACCUUGUAAGGGAGAGCUAUUGCAUGUGGUUUCACUUUUAGCAAAUUGACUGUAAUUUAGAAUAGAGGUGUAGGAGAUUGAAUAUAUUAUUACGCUGUUUUUCUAGCUGGUAUGGAUCUUAGUUGUGGGGUUUUCUCCGUGUGUUCUGGCAUGCUUGAAUUUACGGUUGUGAAGGUCAUGACUGCGAGCCAGCAGUGUGUGCCCUUGUGGCCAAGAAAGCUAAUGGUAUCCUGGGGUGCAUCUUUGAGCGUGGCCAGCAGGGCGAGGGAGGUGAUCAUCCUUCUCUGCUGUGCUCUGGUGAAGCCACAUCUGGAGUACUGUGUCCAAUUCUAGGCUCCACUUUUCAGGAAAGGCAGGGAACUUCUGGAGAGAGUCCAGUAGAGGGGCAUGAAGAUGUCUGGGAGCCAGGAGCAUGUCCCGGAUGGAAAGAUGGAGGGACCUGGAACUGUUCAGCCUGGAGGAGUCUGAAAGGGGAUUUCCACCAGUGCUUACAAAUAUCUAAAGGGCGAAUGUUAAGUGGAUGGGGCCAGGCUCCUUUCAGCAAUGGCCGGCAAGAGAACAAGAGACAGUGGGCACAAACUGGGAAGCAGAAACUUCCAUAUGAACAUGAGGAAAAACAUCUUAACUUUUAGGGUAACAGAACACUGGAACAACCUGCCCAGAGAGGCUGUGGAGUAUCCUUCUACCUGUCUGGACGCCUACCUGUGUGACCUGCUGUAGGGAGCUGCUUUAGCAAGGGGUUGGACUUGAUGAUCUUCACAGACCCCUUCCAACCCCUAUGAUUCCAUGAUCCAUGAAUCAUCACAGUAGCAUUUCUUAUUUUUUUAGACCUUGAGAGACUAAGACAAUAAUACAUAAAUUACGGAUUAUCUCUUUUCUGUACCAGGAAAAUGUUUACAAAUAUGUUCAAAGAUGGUGUACUUUAGUAGUUGUAAAUGCUUCAUUCCAGGUGAAAGGAACAGGAGAAAAUGUAUUAUUUGGAAGAGCACUCUUUGCUGUACUUGAAUUUGGGAUUGGAUUGGAGCUUCUGUGUUUUAGCUAGAGUAGGAAAUAUGAAAUAUAGUGGUUGUAUGCUGGAUGAAUGUCACUUUUUGAUGUGCUCAGCAGGAGUGGUUACCUGACUGUUUAGUACAUCAAAGUCAAGCAAUGAUUUAAUUGUCCUGUGAUGGUGACUUCUCUCUUUGCUAACUACGUGUCCAUACUCCUAACAAGCUGUCAGAGAGAUCUAUGAGGUUAUUGGGACAGCAGUUUUCUUGUUAGGUACUUUGAUGUGGUCCUUCAUGCCAGGAUGCUAAGAUAAGUCAGAGUGCCAAGAACUAGCUUUGCCUGAGGUUCUUCUAAAUUCGCAGAGAGGAGAAGGGCAUACAGAGGUGCUGGUGUUUGCUUCAGAAUCUCAGGGUGGUUUAGAUUGGAAGGCGCCUCUGCAGGCCGUGUGCUCUAGCCCCAUAGUUUAUCAGGGCCACCCAGAGCAGGGUGCCCAGGCCCACAUCUUGAUGGCUGCUGAAAACCAUCAAGGAGGAGACUGAACAGCCUGACUGGGCAAACUGUGCCAGUGCUGUCAUUUGCACAGUAAAGAAGCAUCUCAAGAUCAGAUAGAAAUCUGUAAGAUUCUGUCACACAGAACUUAGCAGAAGGCUUUUUAGCCAUUCACAUGGUUUGCAAUAUGGUGUUCCUGCCUAAUUUAAUACUCUUUAUUCCUGCACCCUUUUAAGGGUACAGUUGGAUGACCUAAAAACAGCAGUAAGUUAAGAGUGACAGCCCUCCUCAACUGAGGUAUUGUGACUGACCAGAGCAGUCCACUGAUGUACCAGGCAAAAUUAUUUCGGUUAAGUGAGAAGUGCUUAUUCUUUCUGGUAGAUCAGUGUGCUUGGAGCUGCUCCUAGGCCAUACACAUGACUCUGUCUAUGAUAUAUUUUUGUAUAUAUAAUCGAAAUUGUUUGGAGAAGAAUGCUCAGCAGCUAUGCACGUGCAAAGAGCAGCAUUUCCAGGCUGCAUGUGUUUGUUCAGUACUUCUUAGUGUUUCUGAAGAAGUAAGACACAGGGGAUCAAAUGGCACAGGCUUGUGGAACAGUUGGGAAUACGAAAAGGGGAAUCAGCACUCACUGUGGGACGGAGGAGUCCCAAUGAGGCAGCUGCCCUGGGGACUCAUGGCAUCUUUUAAUAUUAUCAUUAAUUUUCCAGAUAAACUGUUCCUCUCAAAAAUACUCAGAAAAUGCAUGUACAGUCAGACAAAGGGUUUAAUGAUUCACUUACUUUUUCCUGCAUAUGUUUAUUCCACUGAAUUGCCAGAGUAUCUUGUCCUCUAAUUGCCAUGCUUUGUGUGUGUGCCAGAGAGAAAAUACGCAGUGCAGAUCGAUAGAGAUGGAACUAUCCAGACAUGAAAGGAGAUGUUGUGUAUUAAGGUGCUCAGUUUUCUAGGUAAAAUGUGUUGUAAAGUGAGUGAACUCCCAGAACUGCGGAAGUUAAGCAGAAUGGAAAGUUGGGUGCAUAAGAAUGAGCAGCUGUUUAACAAGAAGCAAAGUUCAGGAUUCUGCUGUGGUUAUACACAGAGACUGGGUGGAAGAGGCAACGGAGGAAUGAAAAACAACACGGUGAAAACUUCCAGUGCUUACUUCUGGAUGUCUUACACAAUCUGGAAAAAUGAGUAGUUGUAUUCUGCUCUGUGACUUUUGCAUGCUGUCAGGUAACCAAGCUUAUGCCACCUGUUUGAUCUUCAUCGUCUCUCUUACUGCUGUUAAGAGUAAAUUUGAAGUACAAAUUGCAAACACCUCUCAUUUGCAAAUCAAAUCUGCAGCUGAGGCUGUUGGCAAUUAUUACUUUCUUCAUCAGAUCGUGUUUCCGUAUUGCUUACUAAAACAGAGCAUUGGCCAAAUUGGGACCAUGGGAAAAAUAGUUUCUGCAAGAUAUUGUCAGUAGUAAUAUAUAGUUCAUCAAGAUACAGGGCAUCACCUGCAAAGCUCUAAACUUGGGAGAAUUCAUUGUGAACUCAUCUCAAUUUGAAAACUCUUAAUUUAAGCCACCUCUGCACUUUUACUUCACAUUUCAUUUUUAAAGAAAUUAGUAAUCAGCUGCCAAAAAACCCCAUAAUAAACGUUAAAUGCACUUUGGCUUUUACCUCUUGUACCUCUUCCACACACAUAUGCACAUAAUGUAGCAGUUACAGCUGCUGGUGUUUUGGUUUAGUUUUGGUUAUUGCUGGUUGAGUGUCUGAAAUGUUGUGAAUACUUUGUAGUUAUAACUACUUCAGUAGCUGCUGUAGUAACUGCAGGGUUGAGGUGCUCAGGGAUCCUUGUCCCACAGGGCAAGGAAGAGGAAAUCCUCUCUGUACUGCAGCUUCCUUGAGCAUCACAUGCAUAACUUUGUUUCUAGCUUUCCUGACACUUGUUUUAUAACACGCAUUGGGGAUGGAAGGCAGACCAUAAUGUUCUUCUAACUUGUAUUUACAUAAUGCGCUAGGAUUUUAAAACCAAAUAGAGAACCUUUUCAGUCUUAUCUCCCAGAGUAGAAGGCUUGAAUACAGCUGGUUGUUCUAUACAGUUUGCUUUCUUAAGACCUGUUGGCCAUUCCUCCUACAGUACUUACUGUUGAUGGCAGUUUUUCAUUUUUACUGUUAUUAAAAUUAGAUUCAAAUCAGAAGUUUCCAACUGCGAUGGUAUUUUAUAAUUUGGUGUUAGUUUUCCCGACCCAUCUUAAUAACAUCCAUGCUAACAAAUAAGUAAUGAGUAACAAAGAAUUUUAUUUCCAAGCCCCGAUGUUGCUUGGUUUUCCUGUAGUUCUCCAUGCUGUUUUUAUGCAGUCAUUUCCCUGCAGCUAAACAGAGCCAUGCUUUCUUGCUCUUGUCAGGCACUCUGGAGUUUGUAAUUCAAGUAAUAGAAUACUAGGAAAGGCAUUUUGAAAAGUUCUGAGUAAGUAGUGAUCAGAUACGUCUGACUCAGAGCAAGUCUUCAAAAAAAUGCAGGAUCGUUCCAAACUAUGUUAAAUACAACAUGCUUUUGAUUGAGCCAGGGCUAAAUGAGGCUUGCUUUGUUUUUGUUAUUGUUGCUGUCUUAAUCAUCAUCAAAUGGCCUUUUUGGAAGUCAGAUUACAAGUAAAUACCCCUGCAGUAGGGAUUCUGUCCUUUUUGCUCAAUAAAAAAACAGUACUUCGGGGGGAUUCUUGCUUUGAUUUUUUCCCACCACCUACCUCUCUUCUUCUCCUUGUUCUGUAGUGUUUUGAGGUUUUCAGCAUGCUGUUUCUAGUCUGGUUGUUCAAAUGCUGGUAAUUUGUAAUUCUCCAUUUCUACCGUGACGUUCAAAAUGGCAUGACUGUUGCUGGUAGUACUUGGGCUGUGGGUGAGGGAGAAGGAAGCAGUGUGUGUGUUUAGUAUCACUGUAAUGGUGAGUUAGAAGAAACAGCCAAAGAGAUAGCAGAAUACAUACUCAAGCUUUUGCAGUUCACAGUUAUCUUUUUCUAGCGACGUGCUGUUGGAUAUCCAAAACCAUGGGUAUUAUUCGCUCAAAGUGUUCUUUUUUCCCUCCCUGCUAUGUCAAGGUUAGAGGGUCUGAGUCCAUGUGGUAGCCCUUUGCUUCUUCCUAGACCAAUGGUUUUAGGUAAAUGGCAAUUGCAGCCAAAUACAACUUGGAAACUUCUUUUGCUGUGUGAUAUGUGAUUGUACCAGUAGGGAUUAAAAGAAAAAAAAAGGGGUUGUAGCCUUCAGAAACAAAACAAUCCAACAGACUACAUGAAAAUGUUAUCUGGGAUCUAUAAAAACCCAUUAAUCAAACCGUGCUGUUUUUGUGGUGGUCCUCUGUUUUCCUACAGUAACCUUAAAUUAUAUAGAGUGCUUAUGUUGAUGGCUGAUUUUGCUUUUUCCUCCUUUACUGUAACAUAAUUGUAAGGUACAGACAGAAAGGAAUGACAGCCAAAACCAGUAAGCUUUAAAACACUAAUAGUCUGCUUUUUCUUCCUGCUUAGAGAGGUAAACACCAUACUGGCUGUGCCCAUCUCACCUCCAGCACACAGGAAGAGCUGUCUGGUCUUUCAUCUCGCUUGCCUAUUAGCUUUGUUGUCACAAUCAUAUAUAAUUCUGGGCCAAUCACUUCCCAAUUGAAGUUUUCCUCUUUCUACUCUUAAAUGGAUGAGAUUUACCUCUAGAUUGUUGAGAAGAGCCCAAACUUGCGUUGUUGCUGGCCGUUUUCUAUUUAAUGUUUUAACUAUGAAGAGAUGUAUUGAUGCUCAGAAGAAAGCUCUUGUAGAAGGAAACCUCAGUCACCCUAGGCUGCUGGUCUGAUAAGGCUGAAGGUAGUUAGAUACCUAACCCUAGGGAAGUUUUUGCAGCAAACUCAUCCAGAUAUGCGUAGAAUGUCUACAAUAGUUAUUAAUGAGUCCCAGAACACUCCUUCAUUUGCAUGUAAUCUGUUGUCUUUACUCCACCUAUUAGUCUAACAAAUUUUGAAAUAUUUCAGCUGAUGUCUUGAUUUAAUUUUUCUAUUGCUUGGUUUGUUUGCUGCCGCAAGACAGAUUGAUGACUGCCCUCAGUUGUCACGGUAGGCAUCUCAGAAACUUUUACUUUAAAGAAUCUUAGGAAAUUCCUAGUUGAGUACAUCACUGCUCCUUGACAUAACUGGGUUCCAGCUGGGCCAAUGUACUGAUAGAUGUCAGUCAGUUCUGAUGGAGCCCCAGCAGGGCAGAUGGCUCUGCAUGGCAAGCAUUUCUCAAUCUGCUGCUGGGGGUAGUAGCAGGGGAUUUUGCCACCACCCCCUCCCAGCGUUACAGCAGUGCUGUGCGGACGUGGUUCGUGGCGAAGAGAUCUGUGGGAGGCUUUCAUUUCCUGAAAGUUGGGUGAAAUGAUUGUGCCCUGAGAUUAUGCUUUAUGGGAGUUACGCUUGAAUAGUUGCAAUAGUGUUUGUCAUAAUGAGAUUCCUAGCGAUGUGGAUUGUUUUAUUACACAUAAACUUUCCUGUCAUUUCAAGGGGAGACGGAUUUCUCUAGCUUCCUGUGCUCUGCAAGAGAAUCUCUGCAAAUGGAUCGGUUAAGGUUAUAGAAAACUUGAGAUUUCAAGUGUAGAUAACCUCAAGUAAAAUCUCUGCAUUCUCACUGAAUUGCUCACUCCUGUACUGUGUUUUCCCCCACUUUUUGUUUUUAAGAUACCAGAAACAGACACCCAAAACCCACCUGACGUGUGCAUUCUUUAGCAUUGCUAAAGGAGAGUUAUUUAUAAACUCCUAAUUCAUUCUUUGUAGUUUACGGAUAUCAUUAAUAUCCAGAUUUCACAUAAUUAAAGAAUGUGACCUUUCUACUUAAUAGUUCAGCUACGCUGUGCUUAUUAGGAAUAAUAUAUUGUCUCAUAUACCUCCUGUUUGUUUUAGAUCUCCUGUUUGAAAUGCCUUUUCCUGGGGAGGUGGGAGUUUUCUUGGGAGGAAGAUGAGGAGGAAAGGUUUGGCUUUGCUCGUCUUUAGGUGUGUUGCAGCACAGCCGGAAACUAAAAUGUGGUGGUUGAUCAGAACAGUUGCUGGGGUCAGCUGUAACGCAGAAUAAAACACACGAACCUCUUACAUUGUGUUUUUGGGGUGCCUUUAUUCUUGUCACUGGCUGUGUUGUUUUUAAUGAGUUGAAAGUUGCUGUGUUUAAGCUGAAGAGGAGGAUGAUCUUCUCAACUGGUAGAAACGUAAUGAGGCUGGGCUUCUAAGUGCCUUUCUUAUAUAGUCCUUAAACACUGUGUUCUUGCGCCCUUAAAAUCUACUUGGUCAGCUUUUUCCCAGUAUCAUCAAGGAACCAUGCAGCAAGGCCACAGCUUUGAAAGUAUUGCUUUGUUAACGAGGAAUGCAUCCAAAAAUGGAUCCUUGUUUCUUCUCAAAGAAAGCUUCUCAGAGCAGGAGUCAAGCUGCCUGUGAAGCAGGAAAGAAACUCCUUAAUAAAAUAAUUGUAAAGCUGCCACCUGGAGUUCUGUUUAUUACUUUGAUGUAAUACUGUUAUCAGCUGGGGAAACAUACCAGAGGAAAAACAUUAUCUUAUUCUGGUCUGUUGGUACUAUUGUUUGAAACCUGCCAGGGCUGAUCGUUAGAGCUCCUAGUUCUAGGAAAGCUUUCCUCCCUUUUCUAAAAUGAGUUAUCCAACAAGCAGCUCAAGUAUGCAGGCACCUGCACAGUUAUUCUGUGUGUCUAAUAAAAAUACACAUGAGAGUGUAUUUGUUUUUAACUUCUCUUUAAUUGGGUGCUAGUAUAAUGGGGAGAGUGGGGGGAUUUUUCUGGAAAGAAAUCAGAGUUUUGCAUCGGAUCCUUGUUAACGCUUUCUGCUUCUGGCUUCUGAAAAGGAAAAUCUUCAUUUUAGUAUUGAGUGGGUAGUUGGUUUUAGCCUAUGAAUUCCCUAGUGGACGAGGCUGGGAUGUGAAUAGCUGCUCAUGACUGUCCAUAAGUUUCAAAGAAAUACAGCUGGGGACAAGCUUUGGGCUUGCAGCCAGUUUCUUUCCCCGUUGUCAACUUUCACUUUGCCUGCUUUGUGCCAGUUCUAAGAACUUAAGUUUUUGCCUUGUGUAUAUAAGCUGUAUUUUAAUAUUCAGCAUUUUGAUAGUGCUAGUUGACCUCACAGACCUUUGUCAGAAUGCUUUCUUUCUCAUCUGAUUUGGGUGACCUACAUAAGGAUUGAUGUAAUGAGCUUCACUAUGAGCCGAGUUGGAGAAAAGAUUGGAUUCUUAGAUAAGUUAAUUUCCAUUGCAUCUGAAGAAUAACAGAAAAAAUAUUUUGAGUCUUAAGUACUCUGCAUAGUUAUUAUCUUCUUCCUUGUGGUUAAGAAAAGUAAAUAAAAAUAGAUGUCUGGUAGAACACAAGCUUUUGAGCAAAUAUAAAUAGAGUUGAGCAUCAAUCCGAUCUAUUCUUACACUUUUUAGGUCAUCAUGUUAUCUUAUACUGCAUGACCUAAUUCCAAAGAGUAAUAAGCUGUCUCAUUUGAUUAUUGAUGUUUAAAACCUUAAAAUGUAAAUUCCAAAAAUAAUUGCUUUGCUUUAUGCGAGUACCAAGAAUUUCAGUUCUCAUACUGAAAUAAUUGUCUUCAUAUACAAAAAAUUCCACAUAUGAACACACUAAGACUUGUUUAUCAAAUAAAGUGUUACAAUAAGCUUGGAUAGUGUUAGAGAAUAAGAUAUCUUUGUUUUAUUAUCAGCUUAGAAACUGUAUGAAUGCUUAAAGUAUCGUAGCAGUCAGUAACAGUUAUUUUGUCUAGUUGUGGCUUUCCAGAAGGCAGAACCACUUUAUUCUGUAUGGCGUUCAGUCUGAUCUUUCCAGAGUCUUUCUGAAAGCAUGUACUCUUCAACUUAGGUCUGUUCCCAUGCCAAACUGGUGCCUGCAGCUCAGAAUGGAGAUACCUGAAUCUUCUUCUUGCUUCCAGUUCUGAACAGCCUUGUCUCCUGUCAGAGAGAGAUUAAUCCUUCUUGUUGACCCAUGCCAUCAGAACCUUCUAAAAAUGCCACCUCUUCAGUUUUAUCUGCAUGAAAUAAGUUGCUUUGAAUACUGUUUGGAAAAUACCGCAGGAUUUGCAUGAUGAUAAUUAAAACACACCGCCAUGUUUAUCAGAGUCUUUAGUUUUAGGGCUAAUACUAGCUGUAAACUCAUUUACUUCUUAGUUCAACAUUUUCUUUUACCAUUAAACAUAAAAGCACACAUCGGCUAGAGUUUGACCAUGAAAGACCAUAAAAUGCCUUUAUGAUGUUAGGUCUUGCUUCAAUGAAUUACUUCUUGCAGUUGGACUCCAUGACCCUUGUAGGUUCUUUCCAAAUGAACAAUUCCAUUCUGUCUUUGCAUUUUGUUUUCCUCAGUAGUUGAGAUUUUUUUUUAUUGUGGUUUUCCCAGCUAGUGGCUUUCUCUUUGAGUUAAAUAUGUUAAAUAUUCAGAUGAGUUGAAUAUUCAGACAGCUCCUGAAUGAAAAUGGUCUCCUCUGCAGUCUCCAUUCCAAACUGCAGACUGCCUGGGUCUGAUAUCCAUAAUAUCAACUAAACCUUAAACGCUGCCCUGAGUUGGUGGGAAAGAUUCCAUGGAUGUAAGAAGUUUGUUUUGUGUUUUUGUCUGUCAUGUAAGGGGGUAGAGUGUACCUUACACAUAGGCAGUCCUUUCUUACUUCUUGCUACUGUAUCUGCUCAUAAAAGAAAUUCGACAUUUCUUUGGGAGGGUUUGCAAGGACAUAGGAUGAGUUCCUGUUGCAUUGCUGAAACAUACACCCAUUUAACAGCUCACUCCCAGAUUGUUUCUAUUUAAAGAAAAAUGGUGGUGGUUUCUCCUUAGGUUUUUUUGGGGGGUGCUGACAAUUUGUUACUGAGAUGUUCAUGUUUUUGUAACUAUUGUAGGUGCAAAUACAGAACUACAGCCACGUAGUUCUGUUCUCUGUGAGUUAGUUUAUCUUCAUUUCUGUCCUUUUUUGCAUGUGUAUCUUUCUUUUCUAUUCCCUUUAGCUUUAUUCUUCCUUUCUUAGGCAUUGCAGUUCUAGGCAGUGAAAAGUAAUGGGAGCUGUCAUCUCAGCAGGUUGGCAGCAUAUCUUCCCGUGGUGUUUUAUGGACACAGGUUUUGACCCUUUAAUUUAAAAAACAAUUAUUUCAAAUAAAGUAUUUUUAUCUAUUUACGUAAUAGAACUCAUAUAAAGCAUUACAGGUAAAUGUUUGAGAAUAGGCUCAGCUUUUUUAAUCUCUUAUACCGCAAAUGUAUUCACUUAAAAUUGUGACAGCAUCUGGGAUUCAUUUCAGCAGGUGUUGUAUGAGAGCAUUAAUAUUACACACAUGCUCCCCUGAAUUUUAGUGACUUUUAUCAGGCAAACGCUUCUACCAUCAGCAGAUGUUGAUAAUGCUUUUUAUUUAUGUUAGUAGAUGCAGUAGCCAGUACUGUUGCACUUCACCUGGUUUUCUCAAAGCAUUUUGGAGGCACUGAGAGUCUGUCAUUUUUUUUCUUUCCUUAAAACAGGAGUCUGUUUAUGUGAGUGUUUCUAGGGGAGAAUUUUCAAAAUGCUUGCUUAGCACAGGUAUCCAGGCAAAAUUAUGAGUGUUGUCAUGUUACUCCUUUGUGGAGAGGUAACAUUAAUGCUCCUGCCCUGCUCCUGGGCCUUGCUCACAUCCACGCUUCCCUCAGGUGGCCUCCUUGCCAACCAGAUGGAAGAAGGGAGAUGUUAAUUCUGAAGUCUGAGUGAAUGUGUACAUCUCUGAAAGUCAUCUGUGCUAAGAGGGUGAUCUUUGAGCAGGAUUCUUGCCAUCCUUCUAAAUCUGCUGUGAAAAAAUGAGUACGUUUCCUUUCUGCUUAGCCAGUCUCUCAGUGUUUCAGCCAAACUGACCUUUAUUUUCAGGCUACCCCCACAGACUUCUAUCUUUGCAGCGGUAAUAUGUUAUAUGUUUAGCAGCUUCUGCUGGUUUUCUUUUAAGAACCCAAUUGGGGUUUUCCCAUUGCCUUUUUCAUCACCUACUGAGAGAUCAAACCUCUGCGUUUUUUUUUUUUUUUCUUUUGCUUAUUAUAUUUUUCCUGCGUUCCGUGGGGCAGUUUUGAACUAUUGUAUUUAUCAUCACGAACAAGAAAAAAAAUAUUGUUGUUCUGACAUGCCCCACAUUCAAUGUGAAAUAGGAAGAGGCUUAAGAUGCUCAAAAUCCUUGAGUAACAGGGAUCAGCAACAGAAAUUAAUAAUUACUAUUCAGUUGUAGACAGGGAAAUACGGGGUGUGAAUCUAGUGGCCUACAGUUUGAGCACACUCAGGUGCCAGAGUUUGGCUGUGAGGGAGCCGUGCUCUGGGCCGCUGCAAGGCCCGCUUCAGAGCCCCAGCUCCCCGCCAUGGCUGUGUGUGAGGGAAGCUGGGAGCUCUUCUCUCAUAGGCUUUCUCUUCCAGCUUCUGAUGCCUUGUGGUUUGCUUGACGCCAGUACUUUCUGUCAGAGGUGUCACAACCAUGUAAAAUUCCAUGGCUGAAUCAUGGGGGUGUGGUCAGUCACUUAGUAAGGCACCAACAACCUCAAGCAGGAGCACGAUGCCAGAGCUGUGCUAGACAUGUCACUGUAGGUCAUCUAUUGAUAUUUCUCUGUGUAAUGGAUAAAUAUCCUUCAGAGACAGAGAAGUCCUCCAGUGCUAGUGAGUCUGUCAUAUGAUGAUGUACCUGCAGAUAUGGUUGCAGAAGAAUCAGGUCCUGGUGCACAAAAUAGUCCAUACCAACUUCGCAGAAAAACUCUUCUACCUAAAAGAACAGCUUGCCCUACAAAGAACAGUAUGGAGGGUGCCUCCACUUCAGCUACUGAAAACUUUGGUCACCGAGCUAAACGUGCCAGAGUAUCUGGAAAAUCCCAGGAUUUAUCAGCAGCACCUGCAGAACAAUAUCUUCAGGAAAAGUUGCCAGAUGAAGUGGUUCUGAAGAUCUUCUCCUACCUGCUGGAGCAGGAUCUCUGCAGAGCAGCUUGUGUGUGUAAACGCUUCAGUGAGCUGGCUAAUGAUCCAAUUUUGUGGAAAAGACUGUAUAUGGAAGUAUUUGAGUACACACGUCCAAUGAUGCAUCCUGAAGCUGGUAAAUUUUAUCAGAUCAAUCCAGAAGAAUAUGAACAUCCCAAUCCCUGGAAGGAAAGCUUUCAGCAACUGUACAAAGGAGCGCAUGUAAAGCCAGGCUUUGCUGAACACUUCUACAGUAAUCCUGCAAGAUAUAAAGGAAGAGAAAAUAUGUUGUAUUAUGAUACCAUUGAGGAUGCUCUUGGUGGAGUUCAGGAAGCUCAUUUUGAUGGACUUAUCUUUGUUCACUCUGGUAUAUAUACUGAUGAAUGGAUAUAUAUUGAAUCUCCAAUCACCAUGAUCGGUGCAGCUCCUGGAAAAGUAGCAGAUAAGGUUAUAAUAGAAAACACUAGAGAUUCAACCUUCGUUUUUAUGGAGGGUUCUGAAGAUGCCUAUGUUGGAUAUAUGACAAUCAGGUUCAAUCCUGAUGACAAAUCUGCUCAGCACCACAAUGCACACCACUGCUUAGAGAUUACCGUGAACUGCAGUCCAAUUAUAGAUCACUGUAUUAUUCGAAGUACUUGUACAGUUGGCUCUGCAGUAUGCGUUAGUGGCCAAGGAGCUUGUCCUACUAUUAAACACUGUAACAUCAGCGACUGUGAAAAUGUUGGACUUUAUAUUACAGACCAUGCACAGGGAAUAUAUGAGGACAAUGAGAUCUCCAACAAUGCGUUAGCAGGGAUUUGGGUUAAAAACCACGGAAAUCCCAUUAUCAGGCGGAAUCACAUUCACCAUGGACGUGAUGUUGGCGUUUUCACUUUUGACCAUGGCAUGGGUUAUUUUGAAAGCUGCAACAUCCAUAGGAACAGGAUAGCAGGAUUUGAAGUGAAGGCAUACGCCAAUCCGACAGUGGUUCGGUGUGAAAUCCAUCACGGCCAGACUGGGGGCAUCUAUGUCCAUGAAAAAGGAAGAGGACAAUUCAUAGAGAACAAAAUCUAUGCAAACAACUUUGCAGGUGUUUGGAUUACCUCAAACAGUGACCCAACAAUAAGGGGCAAUGCAAUUUUCAAUGGGAAUCAAGGUGGUGUUUAUAUCUUCGGUGAUGGAAGAGGCCUUAUUGAAGGAAAUGACAUUUAUGGUAAUGCAUUGGCGGGAAUACAGAUUAGAACAAACAGCUGUCCCAUAGUUCGACACAACAAGAUCCAUGAUGGUCAGCAUGGUGGCAUUUACGUGCAUGAAAAAGGACAAGGUGUGAUUGAGGAGAACGAAGUUUACAGCAAUACUUUGGCUGGGGUCUGGGUGACAACGGGGAGCACUCCGGUCUUGAGGAGAAACAGAAUACAUAGCGGGAAACAGGUUGGAGUUUAUUUCUAUGACAACGGACACGGCGUGUUAGAAGACAACGACAUCUAUAAUCACAUGUACUCAGGGGUUCAGAUAAGAACUGGAAGCAACCCCAAAAUCAGACGCAACAAGAUCUGGGGAGGUCAGAAUGGUGGCAUUCUUGUUUAUAAUUCCGGGCUUGGAUUUAUAGAAGACAAUGAAAUUUUUGAUAAUGCAAUGGCUGGUGUAUGGAUUAAAACAGACAGCAAUCCUACACUAAGAAGAAACAAAAUCCAUGAUGGAAGAGAUGGAGGCAUCUGUAUAUUUAAUGGAGGAAGAGGUCUUCUGGAAGAGAAUGAUAUCUUCAGGAAUGCCCAGGCUGGUGUUCUUAUCAGCACCAACAGCCACCCUGUGCUGAGGAAAAAUCGAAUAUUUGAUGGCUUUGCUGCAGGAAUUGAAAUAACAAAUCACGCAACUGCAACAUUAGAAGGCAAUCAGAUUUUCAACAACCGCUUCGGGGGUUUAUUUCUCGCAUCUGGUGUCAACGUCACGAUGAAAGAUAACAAAAUAAUGAACAAUCAAGAUGCCAUAGAAAAAGCUGUCAGUAGAGGCCAGUGUUUAUAUAAGAUAUCGAGUUACACCAGCUAUCCCAUGCAUGACUUCUACAGGUGUCACACCUGCAACACCACGGACCGCAACGCCAUAUGUGUGAACUGCAUUAAGAAGUGCCAUCAAGGACAUGACGUAGAAUUCAUUAGACAUGAUAGGUUUUUCUGUGACUGUGGUGCUGGAACACUGUCUAAUCCUUGUACACUUGCUGGAGAGCCUACACAUGAUACAGAUACACUAUAUGACUCUGCUCCACCUAUAGAAUCUAAUACAUUGCAGCACAACUGAAUUCCUUUCAGAAAGAAAGUCCUGCCAUUCUAAUAUCAUAACUGUUAAACCUUUUUUUUGGAGGAAGUUAUACUUGCCCAUUUCUGCAGAAAGAGACUGUAUUAAAGCGGAUGUGUGAGGUGUUGACACUAUGGAGCUCAACCUACCAAAAAAGAAAGUGGCAAUAUGUUGACUCAGGAUAACAGAACUGGGCGUUUUAGCAUUACUGUGUAAACAAAGACUUUGAAGGGACAGAAGUGAAGAAAAAAAUAAGCUGCAAUUUUGUACAGAUACCAACUUCUGAAAGCUGGUGUUUUUACAAGUAGCAUUGAAACGCAGUCCAAUUUGCAGUAGUACUAUUCUGUAGACAAGCAGCAUUCUUUGUUGCUGCCUUUAUGGACAUGGGUACCAAUUGCUUUUGUAACAUGGUAUAAAAAAAAAAAUGUGAGCUAGCACUUCUGCAUUUCUUUUGAUUUUUUUUUUUAACAUUUAUUCAGAUUGAGAAAUAUGAUUUUAAUGCUUUAAUCUCAUGUAGUUUGUUUCUAAUUUCAAGCAAAAAAAAUCUUAUUGUACUUGAAUGUGUCCUGUUUUGUUAGCACACCUAGACUUGCUGUAACUGUACUCAUGUCCCAGUAUGUACGUUCUUUCUAUGAAAGAGAAAACACUAAUCUUAAAUUAUAUCCAGCAAUUUUUCUGGUGUCCUCUGAAGUUAGAAUAAUCUCCUUCCCUGCCCCAGCAAUAGUCUGUACUCAAACCACCCUAACAAAAAAGCGAGUGUUUUAAUGAGACUUCCUAGACUAUAAUGCACUAUAAAACAGAGUACCCAUGUAACUAAGUUUUGUGAGUGAAAUUUUACUAUGUUUUAAAGUACACGGUAGAAAGUCUCCUCAAAACAGUCUUGUAUUUUACUCUGUUCAUAGUUUUUUUUGAACAGUCUGGACAUUACUUUACAUAACCUGCUGGAAAUCGCAGCAAUUUCCUGCUCUAAUGAAGCUGAGACAAGUAUAUAUACAGCCCUAUACAGUUUCAUAGCUUUUUUCCAUUUAUGUGUAUUGGUGACAGUGGGUAAUCAACAGCCUGAAAGUGUAUGCAUGUACCAUAACAUCUAGACUUAAUAUAUUGUGGAGUACUCAAUAACCAUUAUGUAGAGGGUAGGUAAGAAUUAAAGGGUUUAAUUUCCUAGGAAAGACAAUGGAAAAAUGGUCAUUUUUAAAAAAUAAAGUUUAUUAGAUCAUAA